AAAAUCCGAUUUUCUUUAUUAAAUGUUGGGCAAUUUUACAUUUACACCCUCUCUUUCUUCUUUCGUUUCUGCUCUGUAUUUUAGAACCUUCUAUAAGUCUUGCUAUUUGUCUUGCUCUUUCUCUCACUCCAGACUCCAGUCUUCACUGAUUUGCUCGUUUGUCGGUUGAAGAAUUAAGAGCCGAAACUUCCAUUUUCUUACCGAAAAACUUGAUCCCAUUUCCUCUUCUGACUUGUGUUUUUCUUACUGUUUAUUCUCUCUAAUUUAGCACCACCAACACUCAGAUCUCCAAAAAAUGUAAGGAAAACUUUGAUCCAUCUUGUUUUUUGACUGAUUUUGACCUCCUACUUAACUUAAAAACUCUUUUGGGCAAUCAAGUUUCAUGCUUUAUAAUGCACAUUCCAUACCCAAAAAGGAAAAAAAAAAUUGUACCCUGAUGAAAUAACAUGUUUUUCAGCUUGAUUAUCAUCAAUUUUUGGUUUAAUUGAAGAGGGUAUUUGAAAUAAUCUCUGAAAAAAAUGUCAAACUGGGAAAAUUUAGGUGAAAUAGGGAAUUUUGCCCAAUUGACAGGUGUUAAUGCUAUAAAUUUAAUUGGGUUGGUAGUAGAAACAGCAAAUAGAGCAAGAUUACACAAAAAGAAUUGCAAGAAAUUUGCUCAUCAUUUGAAGUUGAUUGGGAAUUUGUUAGAGCAACUUAAGAUAUCAGAGUUGAAAAGAUACCCUGAAACAAGAGAGCCUUUAGAACAAUUAGAGGAUGCAUUAAAAAGGGCUUAUUUAUUGGUAUAUAGUUGUCAAGAUAAAAGUUAUCUUUAUCUUCUUGCAAUGGGAUGGAGUAUUGUUAAUCAGUUUAAGCGGGCUCAAGAUGAGAUUGAUCGCUACUUGCGGAUUAUGCCCUUGCUAACUCUUGUCAGCAAUGCUCGUUUUAAGGAAAGAUUGGAACGUAUACAAAGGGAUCAAUACGAAUACACAUUAGAGGAGUCAGACAAAAGGGUGCAAUAUGCAAUUUUGAAUCAGGAACCAUCAAAAGCUGAUACCGUGCUGCUUAAGAAGAGCCUUUCUUGCUCGUAUCCAACCAUGUGCUUUGAAGAAGCCCUUCAACAAGAAAAUGAGAAGCUUCAGGUGGAGUUACAGCGGUCACAGUCUACCAUGGAUGUCCAACGAUGCCAAGUGAUCCAACACUUGAUUGAGGUAACUAGAGCUGCCUCUAAGAACUCAAGUAUGAUGGAGGCAAGCCGAUCAAUUGUUCAUAAUGAAAAAGCCUUCUCGGGUGAUGAGAAUUGUUAUAUGAGUAAGGCUGCUCGUUCUACUGUAAGGAAUACAUCCAUGCCUUCUACAGGACAUGAUUUGCCACAUCCCAAUCGAUCGGAUGAUACGGAGGAAUGGCAUACUGAUCUCCUCGACUGUUGUUCAGAACCUAAGUUGUGUGCAAAAACUUGUUUCUUUCCUUGUGGGACAUUUUCCAGGAUUGCAUCAGUGACAACCAACAGGCACAUAUCUUCAGGAGAAGCCUGCAAUGAAUUGGCAGCGUACUCGUUGGUUCUGUCAUGCUGUUGCUACACGUGCUGCAUCAGAAGAAAGCUCCGCAAGAUGCUGAAUGUUAAGGGAGGCUUGUGUGAUGAUUUCCUCUCACAUUUAUUAUGCUGCUGCUGUUCUCUUGUUCAAGAAUGGCGAGAAGUAGAGAUUCGUGGAGUCAAAGGUCCUGUGAAGACCUUGACAAACCCACCUUCAGCACAACACAUGGAGUUCUGAAUUCAACUCAUUCGCCAUUCUAAGAGCUACUCAUCAGAGGUCUUGACAAGCCUAUUAUACAAAAUAAGGCAUUCGAGUUCCCUGCUCGAGAGUGAGAAUGAUAUGCACUAAGCAAUGUAUUACAGAUAUAGCAUUAUGUACAGUUGUGUGGCAAAAGCUCAGUGCAGAGAAUGUGUCGAUAAUCUGCAGUAAAUAAAUUUUAAACGUUGGAACAUGAAAUCUCUUCAAACUGAUGUUAGAUCGAGAUGAAUCAUUAUGAAUGCUAAGUGUUUAUGUCAAGGUAUUUGGUAAGAAAUUUAUUAGCCCUAGUAG